GUGAGAGACGGGGAGGCGGGGGGACCCGGAGCGUCAUGUACAGUACGGUGAAAAGUAUUCCAGUUUGAACAAUAGGUGUAGCUUGCGCAUGAGUCACUCGGAGAGAACUUGUGUCCAAAGUUUGCCUGCUUAGUUAAGGGAAUCGCCUUCUGUCGUCCUUUACAAGACACGGAGCCAGCAACUAUUUUGUUAAGUCGUAAAAGUCUGCAUCUGUGAACUAAUUAACUAUACGGAUAUAGAGAUCGGUUAGAGAAUAUACUCAUGCAGCUACCUGGCUAGCUGUGUGUUGGAUACGAAUAGAAUCUGUAUCUAAGCGGCUCGCCUUUGAACCCCGACUCAUGUUCACACGCGGAUCUAAAAAGCGACGAUCGAACCGUUCGGGGGAGGAUGAGGACCCAGACCGGGGACAGCCCUGUAACCGCUGUGGAGAUCAAUGCCCUGGCUUCCGCAUGCACGGCUGGAGGAAGAUCUGCGUCCACUGCAAGUGUGUGCGCGAGGACCACGUGAUGCGCUCUGUGCCGGGGCAGCUGGAGAGGAUGAUGAUGAAGCUGGUGUCCGACUUCCAGAGGCACUCCAUCUCCGACGACGACUCGGGCUGCGCCUCCGAGGAGUACGCCUGGGUCCCGCCCGGACUCAAACCCGAGCAGGUAUACCAGUAUUUCAGCUGUAUUCCAGAGGACAAAGUGCCUUACGUGAACAGCCCUGGAGAAAGACAUCGCAUUAAACAGCUCCUACACCAGCUGCCAGCCCACGACAGUGAGCCUCAGUACUGUAACUCUCUGGAUGAGGAUGAGAAGAGGGAGCUGAGGCUGUUCAGCCAGCAGAGGAAGAGGGAGAAUCUGGGGAGAGGCACCGUGCGACUCUUCCCCGUCACCAUGACUGGAGCCAUCUGCCAACAGUGCGGCAGGCAGAUCCGGGGGGGCGACAUCGCCGUGUUCGCCAGCCGGGCGGGGCACGGGGCCUGCUGGCACCCGCAGUGCUUCCUGUGCGCCUCCUGCAAUGAGCUGCUGGUGGACCUCAUCUACUUCUACCAGGACGGCAAAAUCUACUGCGGCAGACACCACGCGGAGAGGCUGAAACCACGCUGCCAGGCCUGCGACGAGAUCAUCCUGGCAGACGAGUGCACGGAGGCGGAGGGCCGGCACUGGCACAUGAAGCACUUCUGCUGCUUUGAGUGCGAGGCGGCGCUGGGAGGGCAGCGCUACAUCAUGAGGGAGAGCAGGCCGUACUGCUGUUCCUGCUACGAGUCCCUGUACGCGGAGUACUGCGACACCUGCGGGGAGCACAUAGGCAUCGACCAGGGCCAGAUGACGUACGAGGGCCAGCACUGGCACGCCUCAGAGGCGUGCUUCUGCUGCGCCCGCUGCCGCCUGCCGCUCCUGGGGCAGCCCUUCCUGCCCCGCGGGGGUCUGAUCUUCUGCUCGCGCCCCUGCUCCCUGGGCGAGGACCCUGACAACUCCGACUCCUGCGACUCAGCGUUUCAGAGCGCCCCAUCCCAGCGUCGGCGCGUGGACUCCGCGGGAAAGACCCCGGCCCGUCAGCACCAGCCGGCGCCGCCCGACGGCUCGCCCGCGGACCUGGGGAGGAGCUGUGGAGCCACGGAGCUGGAGAACGCAGGGGUCCCCAGCUCCACACCACAGCAACCUUUACCGAAUGGAGUUGCCGUGCUGAACGGACACUCAAGAAACUCCCCUUCCCCAAUCCCACACAUCCACCUAACAAACGGUUGGGGAUACUUUGGGCCUGUGGACCAAGCAAUUACCAGCUUCUAUCCGGGAAAUGACAGAACUGAGCAGCCAGUCAGUGGUUCGGAAUUUUCCGGGGACUCGAAUGACUAUAGCUACUAUGGCCACUCCCCGCCACGGAGCACCUCAAGAGGAACGUCAACCGCAAAGGACUGUGGGAGCACAGAGCCGGGGGAGCCAGCGUGUCACUCUCAGGUGUACCCCAGGCCAGUUUCGGGGAGCCAUCUCUGUCCAGUAGAGCCUGUACCCAGCCUGACCCCCCAGACUGUAGACCCCACUGCCGAGCUCCGGACCCAGCUCAACCAACCAGAGCCCCCAGCUCCACCCGACGUACACCACCCACCCCCUGCCGCCCAAUCAGGUCGCAGUGGUAGUGCCAGGGUCAGCUUCAGGGAGCCAAUCAGCUGCAGCUACCUGGUGGAGGAGGAGGAGGAAGAGGAGGAUGAGGAGGAGCGAGAGGAGGGUCUGGAAGAGCAGGCUGAAGGAGAGGAAGCGACAGGCGGCUUUGGGAGGCGGCUCCGUUUCCAGAGGCAGGCUCACAGACCCGGGAUUCCUCCACAGAUGGACCUGCUGGUGGAUGGACCGUACCAACAGCGUAAUUACCGGCGGGGAGGUCGCCUGGCCUCCGACUCUCCGCUCCACUUGGGGACAGAGAGGCGUUUCCGGCAGACCCGGUCCGACCGACCCCGCCUGGACGCCCUGGACUGGCGGGCGGAGCAUGGGAGAGGAUCGCCCACCCCCGCCCCGGCGGCCCCGCCCCUCACCCUCUAUCCUGCCCUCCACAAACACGAGGACUGCUGCUCCACCUGCUCCUCCUCCUCCGAGUCCGAGGAAGAGGGCUACUUCCUGGGCCAGCCCAUCCCCCUGCCUCCUCAGCUGCGGCGCCCCCCACAGGCAGAGGAGGGGAGUCUGAGGAGGAGGGGAAGGGGGAGGACACAGAGCUUCAAUGGGAAGGACAAAGAUAAGAACUGCAUUCUCUCUUAAAUCGCACUGGAGCCUCCUCUCUGAUGGGAGUCUCUCUCCAGCUUUCCUCCUAUAUAAACAGCAAUAAAUCACUUGCAUGUAGAUCAUAUACAGUGAUGAAUCUACCCACAAGCGGUGGGACCUUCCAAGCCACCCAAAGAAGGUGCAGACCAAGUGUCUUGUUUUCAUAGACAGAGUAUCAUAAAUACCAGUAUAUUUACUCUUGCCACAUCUAAUGUAUUUAACUGCUCUUUUACGCACACACCACACACACACAUAUGCACACACACUCAUAGACAUCCACAACUUCAUAAUCAAAUUCCAAAUGUUAUUAGUUUUUUUACUUGUACACUAUGACUACAUACUUGUUCAAAACUGAAUCAUUAAGUGUGAUGUAAAAGGAGGGUUUUCAGUGUUUAAAAUAGGAGUUUUUAUCUACAUAGAGCUGUGAAUCAAAGAUCCUACUCCAUUAAGAAGUGUAUUGCAGCUAAAUGGCUAAACAUGACACACCCCAAAACUUUCUGUGGUGGAUGACUUAGGGAAAACUCUAACAUUGUGCCUCACUGGGAAAUGUAGUACUGCUUAUACUGCAUAUUAUUGCAAUUUUUUAUGUACCAC